AUGUAAUAAGUCUUUAUUAGUGGCUUGCCAUACACUGCUUCAGAAAACGACGUAUAAACUCUUUUUGAAGAAUGUGGGGAAAUCCUUUCCAUUAAAUUGCCAAGAUAUUAGGAUUCAAACAGACUUCUGGGUUAUGGUCAUAUCACCUUUAAUGACUCUGAUGCCAUUCAAAAAGCAUUAGCACUCAAUGGUUCCUAAUUGGGAGGCAGGUACAUUGAUGUCAAAGAGGCCAAAGGAACCCAAUCUCAAAAGCCAAGUGUUCCUCCUCCUGAAUGCCAUACUAUAUUUGUCAAAAAUCUGUCUUACGAUUUAAAUGCCGAUCAAAUUGGAGACUCUUUCAGACCUUGUGGUAAAGUGGCAAAUGUUAGAAUGGUUUACAACACUGUCACCGAUAAUUUUAAGGGCUUUGCAUACAUAGAUUUUGAGGAUCAUUAAUCAGUCAUCAAGGCACUUUAGAUGAAUGGAAAAAAAGUUCAUGGAAGACAAGUUUAAGUAGACUUUGACAUAAAGAAACCUAAAGCAGGAUUUAGAUACUCAACAAAGCAAGUUGAGCAAUAGAACAAAUAUAAUCAAGAAUACUAGGAAAUUUAAAAAAAGAAAAUUAAAAAGGAAAAAGCAGUUUAGAAGGUCAAAAAAAUUAAAAACUUUGCUGAGACUUAAAAGUAAAUAUCUGCUUAAAGAAAUAAGUAAUAAAUAUGA